CGGACUACUUGUCCCGCAACUCGCACUUCGGUCAACAAAAUCGUGUUUAAAGAGAAGUUCUGUGAGUCGUGUCCGGAGUUCUUCUUUCGCAUAGCAUUCCUGUGCACCGAAGUGGACGACGAGGACAGGCCUCCGUUCGAGACGCUGGAGCGCUGGCUGGCGAACAUAGCACUGUAUUCCCGACAUUACACACCAUUCCCAAGGGGCUGAUGAAUGAGAUCGUGUCGUUCCCCGACUAUCAGUCGGCGCUGAGGGCCAGUAGGCGCCGCCGACCGCAUAGGACCCGUAGGGUCGGCCGCUGCACCCGAGCCUACAGUUGCGGACCACUACUGAGCGCAUUCCUCGAGUCUGUGCCGCCGAUUUCAUGGAUUACUUCCGACAAGCUAGGCCCGACGCAUUUAAUGCAUGUGAAGGAUUAUAAGGAGGAAAUACCCGGCUAUAGAGGCGCGCGAGGUGUCGACGCACAAGAAGGCCCCGAAGGUUGGGGUGAUGCAGCUGUUGGCACUGUAGCCGUGGGCACCUUGUUCACACUGUCCAUUCAUAGUCCCGCAGUGGCUAUAGUUCUUGGGGGCGCUAUUAUUGUCGGUGUUGUGGCCUGGCUAAUCAAUCGCCAGGCACAAAAGCGAAAGCAAAAUCAGAAGCUAAAGCAAAAUCCAAAGUCAAAGCCAAAAUCAAAGCCAAACCAGUGA